UGAAACUUACACUCAAGCGGAGUUGUAAAUAGUGGUUCGAGUUGUUGGCUCGUACUCAAACUGUAGAAAGAUGUAAAAAGUCGACUAAAAACAUAUAUCUAUAUAUACACAUAUAAAUAUUUGUUUGCCUGCAAAAUUAUUUUCAACUUUAGUUUCAACAAAACGAAAAACAAAACAAACGAAAACGAAAAAAAAAAGAAACACCGAGAAACAACCAAACGGGUUAAAGCUUACAUGUAGUCCGUAGAACCACGUAGUAAAUGUAAACGAAACGAAACGAAACGAAUCGAAACUUUACAGCAACGUUAAGGAUAGGGCAUCCCGGAAAAGGUCGCAGCUAAUUUCUGGUGCGUAUAACUCCAUUAGAGGACGAUUAGCGUAUCGAAGGACGGACGGACGGAGGGAGCGCGGGCCCAACACCCACCACCCACCCGUUGCAGUGGCUGAAGGGGCCGACCGAUAAUUCAAUCAGAGGGCCUUCGAGUGGCACCAGGAAAAGUUGCCGGAAAACUGCGUCUGCAACAAAAAAAAAAGAAACGAAAGGAAAACCCCAUCAAAACACUUGGAUAAAGUGGAAAACGUGUGCGGGUGCGUGCGCGUGUGAAAAACUUUUCGAGUCCAAGGCGAGUGUUUCAAUUCGACGCUCCGGCAGUCCAUGGCCAUGGACCAUCAUCACCACCGUCAUCUCAACAUGUGGCCCACCUACGCUGUGUGCCUGCUGCUCCUGCAGGCCACCACCGGCACAAUGGCCAUCGAUUUAAGCCGUCUCUACGGGCACAUGGCCAAUCCCAUCGUGAAGCGGAGCGAUGCCUGUCAUCCAUACGAGCCCUUCAAGUGCCCCGGCGAUGGUAAUUGCAUUUCCAUCCAAUAUUUAUGCGAUGGUGCACCCGAUUGCUCCGACGGAUACGACGAGGACAUGCGUCUCUGCACGGCGGCCAAGCGGCCGCCGGUCGAGGAGACUGCAUCCUUCCUCCAGAGCCUGAUCGCCUCCCACGGACCCAAUUACCUGGAGAAGCUUUUCGGUAGCAAGGCACGUGACGCCCUCUCCCCCCUGGGCGGAGUGGACAAGGUCGCCAUCGCUCUGAGCGAGUCGCAAACGAUUGAGGACUUUGGCGCUGCCCUCCAUCUAAUGAGAUCGGACUUGGAACACUUGCGCUCGGUUUUCAUGGCGGUGGAAAACGGGGACCUCGGGAUGCUGAAGUCACUGGGCAUCAAGGACUCGGAGCUGGGCGAUGUGAAGUUCUUCUUGGAGAAGCUGGUCAACACCGGCUUCCUCGACUGAGUAGCGCCAGAUCCGGCUUCUGGAUUUUAUUACGCACACGCACAACCCAUCAAUCCUAAUUUCUAUUCGUAUUUGGGCACGCCCUACGAUAAUUAUAAUUAUUAAAUGCGAAUCUCACCGACACACACACGUACCUACACUCACCAUUCCGUUACAGAAAACACAUACGCCCCUGUCCAGCCAUUUCAGCCAGAAGAUAUUUUCUCAAACUCUGUUUUUGAGUAUGAUUUUACCUUUUGCUUUCGAAACCCUCUUAGGAAACACUUAUUUCCUUUAUUUUCUGUUUCCGAACACUUUUAUAAAAAACAAAAAUCAUGCUAACAAAACCGAAAAAAAAUUGCAAAACACCACGAAAAAGCUACAAAAAAAUAUAUAGGCGCGAAGAUAACAUAAAUAUGCAAGAAACCCAACAUUUCGAUCGCAAAUCGGCUGCUCUCCAUCAAAAUAUAUCUCAAGCUUUCUCCCAACUUUCUGCGCUCUUUCCUAAACUUUCCUUAUGUGUUGCGUUCCUAUCGCGAUCUAUAUUUAUUUUGAGAAAAUCAAUGCGCAAAUUUCAAAACAUUGCAAAAACUUCAUAAAAAAAAUAAAUAAUAAAAUAUGGAAGCAGGAUCGUUUGGCAAAAUACAAAAAGGAAAGAAAAAAAACCAAAAAGUAAAAACAAAAUUUUAUCAAUGUUUAUAUAACAACUUUUUCUGAAGCAUAUAUAUGUAUACAGAUAUUAAACAAUUUCUAUUGAUGUAUAUGUAAAGUGUUUCAAGGCUUCUUAGAUCCGUCACUUAAGGUAUUCACAACUAAAGUCCCUAAAAUGAAUGCAAAACCGCAACCGAGGCUAUCAGUAAAGAACCUUCCAAACAUUUUCCUAUGUACUAACCUAGGUACUCUUUAUCUUCUUUCGAUAUCCGUCUAUGAAUUGUAUAUUAAUAAUAGUAUAUUUGUUUUGUUUUCGUGAGUAAAAUAAGCAAAAGCCCUGCAGGCUGCAGCUAUUAAUCUUUCCAGUAGAACCAAAAACGUUAAAAAAUAAAAUAAAAAUAAGUGAAUACGAAUACACUAGAUGCACGAUAUCAUAGGAUCAAAAGUAUCCCUGUCGAGCUACUGUUCAGGAAAAUAAAAUGGCCCCGAGUUGCAUAAUUCACGAAAUGUUUUGAAUGUCUAAGGAAAAAUAUCUAUCUCGAUCAUUCAGAGAGAUUUCAAAAUAUAUAUAUAUAUAUAUUCCAAGGAAUUAUUAUAAAGCCUAACCUUAAUUUGAAUAUAAUACACAAAAACUUACUCAACUCUCAAAAUAAAUAUUUCUUAGAAGGAAAAAAAAAACACACAAAAAGCAAGUUGUAACCAAAAUGAGAUUCUUACGUUUUGAGGGCCAGUUUUAACUUGCCAAAGAACUAAAACUGACCCAAACAAUUUGGAAUAACAUCUAAGCAAACCCAAAAAACUGGCCCUUGAAACACAAAAACACACAUCUUUCUAACACAAGUCUUAGCCUCUAAUUCAAACAUUUAUCAAACGGAGCACGGAAUUGUUGACCAGAUAGCGUGACAAGUAACUAAAUUGAGAAAAAAUGUGAAAGCCCAACGUGGAAGGAAAAUUCUUAAAAUUAAACCGAAAAUUUAAUGGAGUUAUAAGUACCUUGAAUUAGCUGAUAGAUUAUACAACAACUACAGCAAACUACAAUUAUUUAUUUAGAAAAGAAAACGAACAAAAAAACUUUUUAUCUACAUAGUUGUCUAUUUAAAAUAUAUUUAUGAAUAACUGUUUAUUCGAAAGACAAACUAAAACAAGUCAAGAGUAAUAUUAAACGAAUGAUAAUGAACAGAAACUGAUCCAUUGAACUAUAUAUAUAUGUAUAUGUAUCUGACGAGUACGAGAGGAUGUGAGGAACGCCCAGUGUAAAUAGAGGAGAACAAACUACGAAUUCCAUAAUCGAUGCAAAUGAAUAUGGACAAACCCAAAUCGAGAAAAGAAAAUAUUACAAAAAAAAGUGAUAAUUUGUUUUUUGGGUUCAUAAACUUUUACUCGCCUGUAAAAUUUGAGAUAAUUUAAAUAUCAAGAAAAUACCUAAAAAUCAAACAAAAAAAAUGUCCCCUUCUUUGUGAAUAUUUUUUUAAAUAUUAUUAUACAAAACCUAUAUACAAAGCAUGAACAUUUUUUAAUCUUAAGCCACUGAACUUAUAUCGCAUACAUAUCAGCAGAACUCUAGCUAAAUAAGGAGAGAAACUGCAGAAAAGUUACAAGAACACGAGAAUCUAUCAAAUACAAAAUAUAUGCAACAUAUCAAUUACCAAAAACAUAUCAAAUAUGAAGCGCGAAAGAACGUUGAAUCAAAGAGAAUCCCACUCUAGUAAGGUUAAGCGAAUUAAAUAAAAAAUAUAUUUAUGAGUAAACACACCAAAGGAUAUUUAAAAACGUUAUACAACUCCUAUUUAUAAAGUUGAAUUAUCUAUUUGUUUAUGUUUUACUUUGAGUUCGACCAUUGUUACUUGUUUCAGGGUUUUAAUACCAAAACUGACCCAUUGAACCGUUAAAAUGCUGAAACAAUUUCACAAUGCAAACUACACAUUUUUACGAAUACAAAUAAAAACAAACUUGCUAGGUAAUAUUAUUAGUUAUUUCCAUAAUGACCCCUUUUCGAUUUACGUUGCUAAAGAAAAGAGAAUAGAGCUAUCAAAACCACCAGAACAAAAUACACAAGAAAUAGUUGAACUAUAUAUUUAAAUGACACUAGUAAACGAAACAUAUCAGUUACUGAACAAAAAACGUAGCAGACUAAAUACUCCAGCAAACAAGAGACAAAUUGCUCUUCAAAAAUCAUACAAAAAAAUACUAUACAAAAUUAUAUGCAAUACAUUUAAUGUUUAAAAUAAAUACAGAUGAACAAAUUCGAGUUUUAUGAAGAAACCACACUAAAACGAAAACAAAUCUAUGUGUAAAUGAAUUACAAUUAGAGUUGCAAAAUAACCCAUAGAAACAAGAGAUGAAAACUAAAUUAAAUACAAUUUUUAACAUUCCAAUGAUGCUAUUUCUUUGGUGUGCUGUUUUAAAAACAAAACAA